GCCAUCUUCAGCAACUCAGUGAAAAAAUAAACAGAUAGAUAGAUAGAGAGAGAGAGUAAUGGAGAGCAGAAGCAUUUUGCCUGGCGCUAAACAGUUAGCCACACUUCAUCUUUUAGUGGUGAUUUUGAGCUUCUGCUUCUGCUCUCAAAUCCAAGCCUUUGCUGUCAACCGAACGUCGAAGCCUAUAGUUCCUGCUGUAAUUUUGUUUGGUGACUCAAUAGUUGAUCCUGGAAAUAACAAUGCGAUUAAAACUAUUGUGAAGUGUAAUUUUCCUCCAUAUGGGAAGGAUUUCAUCGGCCAUGUACCUACUGGCAGAUUUUGCAAUGGCAAGAUACCUGGUGACCUUAUAGCCUCAAGUCUGGGAGUGAAGGAUACAGUGCCAGCUUAUGUCGGCCAAAAGCUAGGAGCUGAAGACCUACUCACUGGAGUCAGCUUCGCUUCCGGAGCCACUGGCUACGAUCCCUUGACCCCUGUUAUUGCAUCGGCGAUAUCGAUGCCGGAUCAGCUAAAACUAUUCGCAGAAUACAAAGAGAAGAUAAAGGAGAUCGCCGGAGAAGAGAGGGCUAAUAGCAUAAUAGCGGAGAGUCUCUACGUAGUGUGCUCCGGCUCCGACGAUCUCGCCAACACCUAUUUCAUCACCCCGUUCCGCCAGGCCCAUUACGACGUGCCCUCCUAUGUCAAUUUGCUCAUCGGCUACUCUUCCCAAUUCAUCCAGAAAUUAUACCAAAUGGGGGCGCGUAAAAUAGCGUAUGUGGGGCUUCCUCCUAUAGGCUGCCUACCUUCACAGAGAACUCUUGGAGGAGGUCCUUUAAGAGAAUGUGUGCCAAUUCGGAAUGAGGCAGCGAUGCUUUAUAAUUCGAAAAUUAACGCAGAGAUCAACAGACUUGGCAGGAUUUUCAAAGGCACUAAACUGAUCUAUCUGGAUAUCUACACUAUAAUUCUGGACCUUGUUCAGAGACCCUCAGUUUAUGGAUUUGAGGUCUCAAAUAAAGGUUGCUGUGGCACGGGAGCUAUAGAGGUUUCAGUACUGUGCAAUCCGAAGCUACCAACAUGCCCAGACGAUUCCAAAUACGUAUUUUGGGAUAGCUAUCACCCCACAGAAGGAGCUUAUAGAAUCAUAGUAGAUUAUCUUAUUCAACGGUACCUUAAAUAUUUGAACUAAAUAAUAUAUAUGUAAAUACAUCAUAAAUAUUAUUUUUAUGAUGUAAAGUAGGAAGGAGGAUUGAAUGAUCUUUGAAUGUAUUUUCGCAAAUUUUUAUUUUGGUAUGGAUGGAAUAAAUAAUAUGUUAUUUUGUCAAUGUGAUAUGGGGAAAAAGUGGUUAAUUAGUUUGA